AUGUUGCUCCGAAACUUGGGUGGUCGCAGGUCAAAUGCUCCCAGGAUCAUCACAGGCCUUUCGCGAAGCUUGUUGACCAAAGCUCAUGCUCAAGGUCCAACAGAGCCAGCACUGUCGGAACACACCAUCCCCGAACAUUUCGCAUCCAUUGCAUCCAAGUAUGGUGACAGAAACGCAGCAGACAUUGAGAAAGAGAACAGGGUUAUAUCGCGACACCAACAGACGACGUUGACAUACGAUGUCCUCGAUCAGAAGUCCAAUGCUCUCGCUCGAGGACUACAAAGCAUAGGCGUGAAGAAGGGAGACCGAGUCUCUGUUUCACUGGGCAACAACACAGAGUUCGCGAUUGCAACCUAUGCCGUGUUUAAACUGGGUGCCAUCUUGAACCCUUUGAAUCCAAGUUUCAACGCGAAGCAGGUCGUGAGUGCACUCAAUCAUUUAGGGACCUCUCAUCUCCUCAUCGGAGCCGAAACCCAUCUCAUUCGCAAGGAUCCAAGGAGUAAUCUCGAGAUUCUACGGCAUAUUGCUCCCGGAAUUUCCGGCGGCAAACUCGAGUCUGAGUUGGUUCCAUCGUUGCAGCAAGUCGUUCUCGUGGACAAUUCGCAUGGCCGAACGAAUCUAAACGAGCUGGGAGCGACCGUGCCUUUUCAGGCUGUGCAAGAUGGCUCUGUGCAGUCUUUACCAGAUCAGAAUCUUCACAAAGACGAUAUCGUAAACAUUCAGUUUACAAGCGGGACGACGUCUUCACCAAAGGCAGCUUGUCUGUCGCAUCGCUCCAUCUUGAACAAUGGCAUCCAAAUCGGAGACCGGAUGCUGCUGACACAAGAUGAUGUGGUGGUAUGUCCACCACCACUUUUCCAUUGCUUCGGGUCUAUAUUGGGCUAUAUGGCCACUGCUACACAUGGAUCCUCCAUUGUCUUUCCCACAGAAGCAUUCGAUCCGCUGGCAGCUCUCAGGGCUGUUCAGGAUUACAAGGGCACGGCACUGUACGGCGUUGCGACCAUGUUCCUAGCCGAGUUAGAGCUCCUCGCAAAUGGCACUGUUCCACAUGAGGGCUUCGAACACCUUCGAACCGGAAUCGCCGCUGGCAGUAGUGUUCCCGCCGAGCUGAUGAGGAAACUACACAAGACUCUCAACCUCAAUGAGCUGACCAUUUGCUACGGCAUGACUGAAACCUCGCCCGUCAGUGUCAUGACAAGGACGGAUGACCCGCUCCAAAAGCGGAUCGAUACUGUGGGCCGCUUGCAGCCGCAUGUUGAAGCCAAGGUCGUUGAUCCUUUUGACAGCAACAAGAUAUUGGGCCUCAAUGAACGCGGAGAACUUGCAGUUAGUGGAUAUCUGGUGAUGAAGGAAUACUGGGGAGAUCCCGAGAAAACAGCAGAGGUCAUGAUCCCUGAUGUGGAAGAUCCGAGUAAAAUCUGGAUGUUGACCGGGGAUGAAGCUGUUAUGGAUGAGGAGGGAUAUGUCUCGAUUACGGGCAGGAUAAAGGAUAUCAUCAUCAGAGGCGGAGAGAACAUCCACCCUCUUGAGGUUGAGAAUUGUCUCCUGUCCCAUGACAGUGUAUCGAAUGUGAGUGUCGUGGGCUUGCCCGACGAGAAGUACGGCGAAGUGGUCGCAGCAUUCGUGAUCAAACACAGCGGGAAGGACCUCACCGCAGAUGAUGUGAGGAAGUGGGUGCGAGAGAACCUUAGUGGACACUUGGUCCCGAAAUAUGUUUUCUGGGUCGACGAUUAUCCCAAAACAGCAAGUGGGAAAGUACAAAAGUUCAAGCUGCAAGAAGACGGCAUGCAAUUAUUGAAGCGAGGGCAAGGGUUGGAGUGA